AUGGCUCUAAAUCCUCCUCUAAUUACAAAAAUUUUAACCAUUCAUCGUUCAACUUCUCCACGUCCUCUUCCCGCAAAAAUCUUACAGCUCGGUUCGGCGUCUGGACUAACAUUUCAAUUUCCCGCGCCCCAGUUCGAAUUUCUUAAACAGAUUUCUUCUCUAUCAUCGUCCCUUUAUUUGGGUGACUAUUAUGACGAACAUGAACUCUAUUUCCCCAGUUUCAAUCCUGACUCGUUUUACGCGUCUCUUAUCGAUGAUUCAACCCACCGGACAAACUUAAAUCAAAUUCAUGCCCGGUUGCUGGUAUCUGGAUUGUGUAAUAGCGGUUUCUUAAUUACGAAACUCAUUAAUGUGAGCUCAAAUCUUGGAGAAAUUCGCUAUGCGAGAGAACUGUUUGAUGAAUUUACUGAACCAGAUGUCUUUUUGUGGAAUGCUAUUAUUAGGUGCUAUUCCAGACACAAUUUCUUUAGUGAAGCUGUUGAAAUGUAUUUAAAAAUGCAAGUGGCGUGGGUGAGUCCCGAUGGCUUUACCCUCCCACUUGUGCUCAAAGCUUGCAGUGGCUUGCCUUCGCGUGAAAUAGGUCGAAGAGUACAUGGGCAGAUAUUUAGGCAUGGGUUUGAGUCGGAUAUAUUUGUGCAGAAUGGUCUUGUGGCAUUUUAUGCUAAAUGCGGCCAAAUUGUGUGUGCUAGGACUGUGUUUGAUUGGUUGCGUGAUAGAACAGUUGUUUCUUGGACUUCAAUCAUUUCUGGAUAUGCACAGAACGCACAGCCUACGGAAGCUCUGAGAAUUUUUAGUCAAAUGAGGAAAAUGAGUGUGGAACCUGACUGGAUCGCUCUUGUGAGUAUUUUGAGGGCUUACACUGAUGUAGGAGACGUGGAGCAAGGGAAAUCUGUUCAUGGUUUUGUGACUAAAUUGGGUCUUGAACUUGAACCUGAUUUGCUUAUUUCACUUACAGCCAUGUAUGCUAAAUGUGGGCAAGUGACAAUUGCAAGAUCAUUGUUUGAUAGGGUGAAGAUUCCAAAUUUAAUUUUGUGGAAUGCUAUGAUUUCUGGUUAUGCAAAGAAUGGUAAAGCAGAGGAAGCGGUGGAGUUAUUCCGUGAGAUGAUCUCAAAGAAUAUAAGAACAGAUUCUAUCACUUUUAGUUCUGCUAUCUUAGCUUGUGCUCAAAUGGGAUCUCUUGCAUUAGCAAAAUGGAUGGAGGAUUAUAUCAGCAAGAGUGAGUAUAGAAAUGAUAUUAUUGUUAAUACUGCCGUCAUUGACAUGUAUGCAAAAUGUGGAAGUGUAGAUUUGGCUCGCCAGGUUUUUGAUAGAACAAAUGAUAAAGACAUUGUUAUGUGGAGUGCAAUGAUUGUGGGAUAUGGAUUGCAUGGUCGAGGCCGAGAAGCAAUUAAUCUUUACCAUGCGAUGAGGAAAUCUGGGGUUCACCCAAAUGAUGUCACCUUUGUUGGUCUCCUCACAGCGUGCAACCAUUCAGGUCUUGUAGAAGAAGGAUGGAAGUUUUUCCACAGCAUGAGAGAUUAUGGGAUUGAGCCUCGCCACCAGCAUUAUGCUUGUGUCGUCGAUCUUCUCGGUCGUGCAGGCUACUCGACUCGGGCUCAUGAUUUUAUUAUGAACAUGCCUAUUGAACCAGGAACUUCUGUAUGGGGUGCACUUCUGAGUGCUUGCAAGAUCCACCGCAAUGUAGCAUUGGGAGAAUAUGCUGCAAAACGGCUUUUCUCAUUAGAUCCAUACAAUACAGGGCACUAUGUGCAGCUGUCAAAUCUCUAUGCUUCAGCACGCUUGUGGAAUCAUGUUUCAAAGGUACGAGUAUUGAUGAAGGAAAAGGGACUAACUAAAGACCUGGGGUAUAGUCUAAUUGAGAUUAAUGGAAAGCUCCAGGCAUUUCGAGUGGGGGAUAAGUCACAUCCAAGAUAUAAGGAGAUUCUUGAGGAAGUUGAGAUAUUGGAGAGAAGGCUGAAGGAAGCUGGAUUUGUUCCACAUACAGAAUCUGUUUUGCAUGAUUUGAAUUAUGAAGAGACGGAGGAGACACUUUGUAAUCAUAGUGAGAGGAUAGCAAUAGCUUAUGGGCUCAUUAGUACAGCUCCUGGAACUACUCUUAGAAUAACAAAGAAUCUGCGGGCAUGUGUAAACUGUCAUUCAGCCACUAAGUUUAUAUCAAAGCUUGUAAACAGGGAGAUUAUUGUAAGGGAUGCAAAUCGUUUUCAUCAUUUUAAGGAUGGAAUUUGUUCUUGUGGAGACUAUUGGUGAAGAGGGUGCUUAGCUUUUCAGAUGUAUUUUGAGUUUCUGGUUCAGUUCAAGUCAAAAUUUGUGGAGGAUCAAAAACUACCUGGAUGCGUCGGCUUAUAUUACCAUGGUGGGAUCUCAGCGUGGCCAAAUGGAUGCUAUAGCUCUGCUACUAAGCUAGCCCAUUGUUGGCAUUUUCUGCUAGUUUGAUUCUUCUGUCAAGAGAUGGAAGGGAGAAUUGUAGGACAAAUGCAAGUUGCAGUGACUAACACCGGAAAUAGCCGAAUCUCAGACAAAAAUUGGAAGUUCAUUUUAAGAUCCCGAAGGUGGUGUCCCAGGAUGUGCAAUUAUGAGAAUGCGAUUCAUCUUUUAAGGUUUCUUCCUUGCAAUAAGUGACUUAUUAGUUCAAAUGCAGUGGAAAAUUCCAUGAAGGAUUGGUCUAGGGCAUCUCCAGAGCAAUUUCUUUAUAUAUGAAUUUAUAAUAUGCUUUAUCCUCUUAUGGUUAACCCUUU